AUGGAUCUCGUCAAACACCUCGAAGGCCGUCUUCUCUUUGCCGUGCCAAAGAAGGGCCGUCUGAAUGCCGCUGCCCUCAACCUCCUAGAGGGAGCAGACAUCCAGUUCCGCCGUGAGAACCGUCUGGACAUUGCGCUGGUCAAGAAUCUCCCCAUCGCCCUCGUCUUCCUCCCGGCCGCUGACAUCCCCACGUUCGUCGGCCAGGGCCGCGUCGACAUUGGCAUCACGGGGUGGGACCAGGUGGAGGAGCAUGCCGCCGGCGCCGCGGCCGCCGCCCUGGCCAAGGGCGAGGCCGCCGCCUCCAUCCAGCCCGGCGGCGGCUGCGACAUGAUCAUGGACCUCGGCUUCGGCGGCUGCAAGCUCCAGGUCCAGGUCCCCGAGAACGGCAGGUAUACCGCCACCAAGGACCUCGUCGGCGCCAACAUCGGCACCAGCUUCGUCAGCCUGGCCGCCGACCACUUUGCCCGCCUGGAGGCUGCGGCUGACGGGGAGGCCAACCCCGAGAAGGCCACCGCCGGGUCCAGGAAGCUCCGCACCAACAUUGUAGAGCUUAGUGGGAGUGUCGAGGCUGCCUGUGCUCUUGGUGUUGCCGACGGUAUCGUCGACCUUGUUGAAUCUGGAGACACAAUGAGGGCUGCGGGCCUCAAGGCCAUCGACACAGUUGUCGAAUCCACGGCCGUCCUGAUCAAGUCGCGAUCCCCCUCGAACCCGGCCACCAUCGACCUCGUUACCUCGCGCAUCCGCGGUGUCAUCACUGCCCAGAAGUUCGUCCUGUGCCAGUACAACAUUGAGCGCUCCAGGCUCCCGGAGGCCACCAAGAUCACUCCCGGAAAGAGGGCCCCUACCGUCACAACGCUGGACGAGGAGGGCUGGGUCGCCGUCAGCUGCAUGGUUGAAAAGAAGAAGAUUGCUACUGUCAUGGAUGACCUGACAAAGCAAGCUUUGAAGAGGCGCACCAUUUGA